CCCCUCCCGCUUACCGUCUUCGCAGCCAUGGCGGCCGCCGCGCUCCCAGCAUGGCUGGUCCUGCAGCCGCGGGCCAGGACCCUUCGUGCCUUUUCCACAGCGGUGUCUCCGGCCACUCGCGCUCCGAGACCAAACCGGCCUACAACAGAAAGAACAUCCAAAUAUGAAAGGCCACUGAGACGAAAGGCACUACCUCCUAGGACGGAGAAGAUGGCUGUCGACCAGGACUGGCCUAGUGUGUACCCUGUUGCAGCGCCAUUUAAACCCUCAGCAGUGCCUCUUCCUGUUCGGAUGGGUUAUCCAGUGAAAAGGGGGGUGCCCAUGGCUAAGGAGGGAAAUCUAGAACUUUUAAAGAUUCCCAAUUUUCUGCAUUUGACUCCAGUAGCAAUUAAAAAGCACUGUGAAGCUCUUAAAGAUUUUUGCACUGAGUGGCCAGCUGCAUUAGACAGUGAUGAAAAAUGUGAGAAGCAUUUUCCAAUUGAAAUUGACACAGCUGAUUACGUUUCAGCAGGACCAUCUAUUCGAAACCCCAAAGCGCGAGUCGUGACCUUAAGGGUUAAACUUUCUAGUUUGAACUUAGAUGAUCAUGCAAAGAAGAAACUUAUUAAACUUGUAGGAGAUCGAUACUGCAAGAGCACAGAUGUUCUUACCAUCAAGACAGACAGGUGCCCUUUAAAGAGACAGAAUUAUGAUUAUGCAAUGUAUCUACUAACAGUUUUAUACCAUGAGUCUUGGAAAACUGAAGAAUGGGAGAAAAUGAAGACUGAAGCAGACAUGGAAGAGUAUGUAUGGAAAAACAGCUCCUCAGAAAAAAACAUCCUGGAGACCCUUCUGCAAAUUCAAGCUGCUGAGAAAAAUCUGGAAUUAAGUAAAGAAGAGCUCCUUGGUACUAAAGAAGUUGAAGAUUACCGAAAGUCUGUUGUUAGUCUUAAGAAUGAAGGGGACAAUGAAAAUACCCUUUCUCAGUACAAAGAAUCAGUGAAGAGACUGUUAAAUUUGACGUGAAUUAUAUAGAAAAAUUGCCUUGAUUUAUUAAUUUUAUGACAUAUAUGUAAUCAUUAUCUAGUUUGAUAUAAAGUUAACAUGUUAAAAAAACAUUGUUUUAUUACAUCAGAGUUAAAAUUAUUCCUUUCGUCCUAAUGUACAACAGCAGUGAUUAUUCAGAAGUUUUCUUACUUACAUACCAGGGCAGUCAGAGUAAUUUGAUCUCUGUGGUUUCUUCUGGUUCUAAAGCGUUGGAUUUUAUUUCUACCAUAACAACUUUAGUAUUCAUGUAUAACAGUUUUUGUCACCUGCUCCAUUUCUUUCCCUGCAAGUUAGUACUUAUUGGUUGCUCUUGAAGAAUGAUUUUGGUUAUUUGGGAAGGUAGACCCAGAACCCAAUCCUCUGACUGAACUUUAGUGUUUUGUCUACAUAACUGCUCUUUGCCUGGUGAGUUUUUUGCAGAUGUUGAUUCUGAUUAGAAACAGGUCCUUGGCAGUAUUUUCUAACCUAAAAGUUUGUUUCAUCUCUCUAUUUUGGGGUCACUUUAUGUUGAUUCAGUUCUGGUUAGUAUUCUGCUUUCCAUUUUCUUUGGCUCACUUCUGCAAGCCCAAACUUGCAGAAAAUUGGACAUGGAGAUUAACUGGUACUCAUCUCUCUGGAUGCCCCGGCUAGAACUUCCACAGCUCAGGAAAGAGAUGAGGUAUGAGCACCUUGGAUUUAUUUGGAGUAAGUGACAAAAUGAUAACUGCCCUAAGAAACAUUUCAUUCAGUUUAGCUACCAGUUCAGUACUUUUAAGUAUAUCUGUAAGUAAUUUCUUAACUGCUUUUAAAGUUGUCAAGUGAUUAAAACUGAAAUAAAGGAAUUAUGGAGG